AUGGCAAAAAAUAAUUUGCCAUCCUCCCAAUUAGUUGAACUAAAAAUACAUAUCUCAAAUAUCCAUUGUGAUAAAUGUAAAACAGCUAUCUUAACCAAAUUAAAAGAAAAUCAUAAUAUUAAAAGUUACAUCGUUCCUACAUCGUUUACAACUAAAAAUGCCACUAACACCCAUAAAUUGAAAAAUAUUAUUAGAAAUGGUAGAUUAAUUCCAAACUUGUCUUAUCCUUCCCAUUUUUUAAAACAUUGCACUGGAGGCAAGUCUAUCAAGGCUAAUACCAGUGUUCUCCCAUUUAUUUACUCGAUUGAUAUUGUUGAAGAUGACUGGUUGAGUAUAAUUGGAAUGGCAAAUCCUGUUUUCUUACAAAAUGAUAAUUUUGUUUUUGAAAUCGUCGAGAUACUAAGGGAAAUUGGAUAUAUUCCAGAUAACAUUUCUAUGGUACCUUAUGGUCCUGAUAAUGGAACUGUAGGCACAAAUAAAGAGGCUAAAAAUAACAAAAAUAGUAAGACCAAGACAAACAAAAAUUUCGAAUUAUUUAAUGAAAAAACUUUUGAAAUACCAUCGUCACCAAAAGCUGAUGAAAACGACAGCGAUACUAACAGCGAUAUUGUUAAAAGCCAUUAUAAAUUUUGUAAAGUCUGUCAAGAUACAAUGUUGCCUGUUAUGGAUAAUGUUAACACUGGUGUUGAAUCCUAUCAACAAAAGACUCAAAUGACACAUUACAAAUUGAAAUUUUCUAUCCAGGGGAUGACCUGUUCUAAUUGCUCUAAAUCUAUAGCCAGUGCGCUAUCUGAAAUGUUUACUGACAAAUACGGAAAUACUCAUAGUUACGAACUGGACAAAAAAGUUAAAUUAUUGGCAAUGAAUAUUAACAGUGUCAAUAAUUUGGCUGAAAUUGAAAUUGAAACCAAUUUUGGCCUUCAAAAUGCUGAUAGCAACAGAAACAAUGAGAUUAUUCAAAACAUUGAAACUGUUGUUGAAGAUUUAGGUUAUCAAGGUCAAUUAAUGCAAAUAUAUGAUUGCGGUACUGCGGAACCAAAGGGUAAUAUCGCAGAUGGUUCCAAUCCCAUUGACCAAUAUAGACUUGUUGCCGCUAUUGGUGGCAUUACUUGUGCAGCAUGUGCAGCAACAAUAACUAAUGUUUGUGCUGAGUUAGAUUUCAUUAAGGAUAUUUCUGUUAACAUUGUUUCCAAAACAGGAACAUUUAUAUUGAGAUUUGCCGCUGAUGAACAAGCUGAAAAAUUAAAAGUUUUACAGGAGACAAUCGAAGAUUGUGGGUUUGAUUUUGAAAUCUUAACACCAGUCACAAAAAUUAAGAAGAGUACAAUAGCUGCCACUACUGACACCAUUGGUAGCAAAGUUUCUGUGCCACGUAGAACUUUUGAAAUUGAAAUUUCAGGUAUUUAUUGCUCAAAUUGUCCCAUCAGGAUAAUGAAUGUUUUGAAAACACCUGAAUAUCAAAUAAACAUAUUAGAGUCGGAUUUACAAACUUCUACAUAUUCCAAGAAAUGUAAAAUUAAAUUUGAUUACCAGCCACAAAAUAUAGAUGGAGCUAAAAAUAAUGUUACCAUUAGAACAAUAAUAUUGGAUAAACUAUCCAAGGAACUACAGCUAAACGUCAAAGUUGUAGAAAAUGAAUCCAUUGAAGAACAUUUGAAUAGGUUAGCAAAAUUGGAAACUUAUAAUAUUGGUGUUUACUUAUUAAUCACUUUUUCUAUUGUUAUUCCAACGUUCAUUUUUGGCGUUGUUGGGAUGUCGUUGUUGGCUAAGACGAAUCCGUUUUACAAAUGGUUAGAAGAGACAUUGCCACAUACUAACACAAGUAGAGUUAUAUGGAUUUUAUUUAUAUUGAGUACUCCUGUCUACUUUUACAUUGAUAAAAUAUUUCACAUGAAAGCAAUUAAAGAGAUUUUGAUGAUUUGGAAAUUCGGUGGGAGUAGCACUUGGAGUAAAAAGUUUUUCAAAUUUGGCAGUAUGAACUUACUAAUGAGCCUUGGUACCUCUGUUUCAUAUAUUGCAAGUUUAGGUUUAUUGAUAGCAAACAAUGUAACAAAAAAAAAUGAUGCUGCUAGUAAUAAAAGUUCCAUGGAUACAUAUUAUUUUGACUCUGUUGUUUUUUUGACAUUUUUUUUAUUAAUCGGUAGAUUAUUAGAAAGUUUUAGUAAAUGCAAAGCGGCAAGCUCAAUAAAUGAGCUUUCCAAAUUUAAAUCAGAUUCAGCGCUAUUAAAAUCAACUAUGGAAGAAAUUAAUCCAUUGUAUUUAGAAAUUGGAGAUAAAAUCAUAGUUAAAAAUGGUGAAUCUCCACCAUUAGAUUGUAAGUUGUUGUCAUAUGAUUAUACGGAUAAAAACAACAAAGGGGCUACUGCUACUAGUGAUGCCAAUAAUUCCUCUAAUUCCAUAAAUAUUACUGACAACGAUGCCAAUAAUGUUGAAUUCGAUGAAAGCUGUCUAACAGGAGAAUCUACGCCAAUAAUUCAUAUCCCGGGUGAUGUAAUAUAUGCAGGUACCAUAAACAUCAGCGGUAAGCCUAUUAUAUUAACACCUAUAACAACUAUAGAAAAAAAUGAUUCGCUACUAGAUCAAAUAAUCUCGAGCGUUAGGGACGGACAAAUGAAUUCUCCUAAAAUAGUACAAACUGCAGACAAAAUCACAAGUAUAUUUGUUCCUCUCAUUAUUCUGUUGGCCAUUUUAACCUGGAUUAUUUGGAUACUUAUCACUAAGAUUAAUAAAAAUUUUAUAAUAAACAGCAGUACAAGUUCUGAUUCUGAUAUUUCUACCGGUAAUGCUAUAGUCUGGUCAUUAAAUUUUGCAAUUAGUGUUUUUGUAAUUGCUUGUCCCUGUGGUAUUGGAUUAGCUGCUCCGACUGCAAUGUUUGUUGGAAGCGGUAUUGCCGCAAAAAAUGGUAUCUUAGUCAAAGGUGGCGGCCAUGCUUUUCAACAAGGUAGUAAGAUCAACGUUGUCUGUUUUGAUAAAACAGGCACCUUAACUUUGGGUGGGGGUAAAAAUUUCCAAGUUACCAACUAUUGUAUUGAUCCAAAAUAUGAAGAUGAAGUCACUGGUGGUAGCCGCGAAAUUGGUGUCAAGGACAUUUGGGGAAUGAUUGAUAAGCUAGAAUCCAAUUCUACGCAUCCAUUGAGUAUUGCGAUUAGAAAUUUUUUGGAGCAAAAGUUGGAAAUGGUACAACAAAAGGAUAGCGAUGGAGAAAUGAAUCCCAAUUAUGAAUUGCUUGAUAGCCAGGAAAUCCCAGGGUGUGGUUUGAUGGGUGUAUUUAAAAAUAAUAGACUUAAAAGUGGUGACACCGGCAAUAAUAAAUUUACGUUGUUGAUUGGGAACGAAAAGUUUAUGCACAAGCAGAAAGAGCCCGGGCAAAUUACGAUAAUUAGUGAAAAGCACCAAAAGAUGUUGGAAACUUGGAAAACUCAAGGUAAAAGUAUAGUAGUGGUAUCAAUGUUGCAGCAAAUGAAAGGUGCCAAUUUUAUUACUCCUAUACUUUACUUUAGUAUAAGAGACACAAUUAGACCAGAGGCCAAGUAUAUAAUCAAUCGAUUACAAAAUAACUUUAAAAUUGAAACAUGGCUAAUAUCCGGUGAUAAUGAAGUAACCACAAAAGCAAUAGCAAAAGAGGUGGGUAUCCCCGUUGAAAAUGUCAUAGCCGGUGUUUUGCCCGAAGAAAAGGCCAAAGCAAUAGAAAGUAUAAGGAAUGGGAGUAUUUAUACCAAGAAAAGUGCAAAUAUUGCAAAGCCCGUAAUCUGUAUGGUCGGUGAUGGUAUAAAUGAUGCGCCAGCAUUGUCUAUAGCUGAUGUUGGUGUGGCAAUGGCAACAGGUUCAGAUCUAGCAAUGACCUCAAGUGAUUUUGUAUUAUUAUCCACAGAUACGAAUAGUUCUCGUAAUGGAAGUAACGGUAAUAUGCUAUAUUCCUUAUUGACUUUAAUUGAACUUUCAAGAAAGGUAUUCAAUAGGGUUAAAUUUAAUUUUUGUUGGGCAUUAGUGUAUAAUAUGAUCGGUAUUCCUAUUGCUGCAGGAGUUUUGUUUCCAUAUAAAAAAACUCGACUUUCACCCGUUUGGGCUAGCUGUUGUAUGGCAUUAUCUUCUGUUUCCGUUGUUUUAAGCAGUCUAUUAUUGAAGCUGUAUAAACCUAGACGCAAGAAGAUUAUUAGUAAUAAGUUCAAGCGCAGCACCGAGGAUAAUGAACCUAAUGUUGAUGAUAUUGAAAUGUUUGAACCAGAAAAGGAAGCGUUUUAA